AUGGGUUUCUACAACGUGUGCAAGUCGUUAAUCGCCUACACCGCCACCUUCUUCUCACUUCCACUUCACGAGCAUACCGGAGGUGACUCUGAGCAGCCUGUUCUAUCUUUCGAAAAUGACCAGAUCUCGCAAAAUUAUCCAAAGUUCCCAGCACCAAAUGGCCCCGAUUCACCAGACGAAGACUUUAUUUGCAAGUAUCCCGAGCUUGGAAAUGACUGGAAGUCAUGUUCUACUCCAGAGAACCGUCACUGCUGGCUGAAGAGCUCAGAUGGACACAAUUUCAGUAUUCAUACUGACUAUGAGACUAUGUAUCCGCCUGGAGUGCUUCGAGAGUAUUGGCUUGUAGUUGAUAACAAGACCAUCAACGGCGACGGCAUCGAUAAUCCGUAUGGAAAGGUCUUCAACCAAACCUACCCCGGCCCGUGGAUCAAAGCCUGUUGGGGUGAUCUUAUCAGAGUCCACGUCACAAAUAAAUUGCGAUAUAACGGCACCACGGUUCAUUGGCAUGGCAUUAGGCAGAACGGAACCAUGGAGAUGGAUGGUGUCAAUGGCGUCACCCAAUGCCCCAUUGCCCCCGAAGAUACCUUCACAUAUGAGUUUCGUGCCCUUCAGUAUGGCUCUUCUUGGUAUCAUAGUCACUACUCUCUACAAUACGCCGACGGUCUCGCAGGACCCAUAACUAUCUUUGGGCCUUCGUCGGCUCACUAUGAUGAAGCGAAGGAUCCUAUUCUUAUUACGGAUUGGAACCAUCGAAGUGCUUUUCAGGAGUGGGAGAGAGAACUAACGGGUGUUCCUACUCGCCCUGAGAUGAAUAGCAUAUUAAUGAAUGGAAUUGGAAACUUUGCUGGCAGCUUUCCACGGGAACGCUACAACAUAACCGUAACAAAGGGCAAGAAAUACCUCCUUCGUAUCAUCAACACAUCUGUUGAUACUACGUUCCUGUUCGGUAUCGAUAAUCAUUAUUUUGAGGUCAUGAGCUCCGACUUUGUCCCCAUUCACCCUUAUACAGUAGACCAUAUCCUCGUCGGGAUUGGCCAAAGAUACCACGUUGUUCUUCAUGCCAAACCUAGAAACGACACCAAAUUCCCUGCAUCAAAUAACGGAAACUACUGGAUUCGUACCGUUGCGGCAGAUGGCUGCAAAGGGUUUGAAGAUGGUAACGAGCCUGAUGAGCGGCAAGGUAUCCUUAGAUAUCAGCCUGUGAGCACAGAGGUACCCCAGACCUGGAGAGACAACUGGACCAAAGACUGCACCGACGAGAAGUAUGAGAACUUGAAACCCAUCCUUCCAUGGUCAAUUCCUACUGUCAAACUUGACGAGAGAGAUAGGAGUAAGGAUCUUGAACUUGGGAUAGAAAAAGUGAAGGAUAGACCACACGCUGGAGACAGAUUUAGCUGGUGGGCUUUCGGCGAGCGACCUCUUUGGCUGGACUUCUCGAAUCCAACCAUCACCCUACUAGAGGAAAGAAAAGAAUGGCCUGACGAUUAUGUGAUUGUUCCCGCAGAGAACAGGGACGGUUGGGUCUAUCUCGUCAUCACGGCUCCAUCGCUUGAUCGUAUUGGCACCAACAAGACCUUCAGGUCUCUUGCACAUCCGCUACAUCUACACGGGCACGACUUUGCCCUGCUUGCCCAAGGCACAAAUUCUUCGCAGAUAAAUGACCCAAACAACCCCGUCACUCUCAAAUUCGACAAUCCACCCCGACGUGACGUUGCACUGAUACCGGCCGGAGGUUACCUUAUAGUUGCCUUCAAGGCUGACAACCCUGGCUCUUGGCUGUUCCACUGCCAUAUUGCCUGGCACGCUUCAAGUGGUUUGGCACUACAGAUCAUGGAACGUGAAGAGGAUCUGAGGAAGAUGAUGACUUCGGAGAAGCUGAAGCAGGUCAACGAUGGGUGUAAGAAGUGGAAAGAUUGGUAUGGCGACCGGAAUAAUCACUGGAACCCUGUUGGUAUAUUCCAAGACGAUUCUGGCGUUUGA